AUGACCGUCCAUCAUGCGACGGCGCUACUCGUGGCGGCCAUGGCGGUUCUUCUCCUUUUCCCUGCUGCACUGCCAGCGGCAGCGGACGCGCCCGUGAUGCUCCGCUCUUCCCGCCGCGUCUCCCAGAGUCUCGGUCUGUUCAACCUUCCGCAGUCGUGGUUUCGUAGCGGAGCGGCCACCACCACCGGUGCGCAGCAGGAACGCUCGCUGGUCGAGCAGGCUGGCGGCGCAGGCGGAGCACCCACCCAGGGCGGAGGCAGCGGAGCGACACACCACAAGCCCACUAGCGGCCCAGGCGGCGUCGCCCACAAAUCCACUGCCGCCGGCGGCGUUGGCGGCGCAGGCGCCGGCCAGGCACCCUCUGACGCCGGCACAGAUGGCGCAAGCGGCGGCCAAGGACCAGGGCCCGCCGGCAGCGCAGGCGGCAGAGGCGCCACCAAGGACCCCCCGACGCUGGCGCAAGCGUCGCCCACGGAACCUCUGACGCCAGCUGCGACGGCGACGGCGCAGGUGCCGGCGAAAGACCCGCCAACUCUGGCGGUGGAGGCAGUGCAGGUGCAGGCGAUACGAACCAAGGGCCCACUGGCGCAGGCGCGAGUUACACGGGCGAUCCAGGCGCCGCCAAACAAGGCCCCACCGAUUCCGACAAACCUAGUAGUGCCCCACGUGGCGCGGCAUCAUGGCGGACAGCGCGGGGGUCCCACGUCCGGAGUGCGCAUGCGGGACUUGGUGGUGUGGCGGGCCGCUAAGUUCCAGCGGAAGUCGCGAGAGGUCCGGGCGCACAUGGUGGCCGGCAAGGCCGCGGCUGCCGUGGCGCGUGCGCGCGCUUCGGCGCUGAAGGAUGCGACGAACGUGAAGUCUCCAAGUUGGACCAGCCUGGCGCGCAGCUGCGUGGAACAGAUGGCGUUGGCGUCGGAGAGCAUGGACUCGGCAGCAGGGAUGAUGGCGAGCGGCGGUGAGGACGUGAAUCUGCCGCGCAUCCACCUCUCCAGCGCCGUCACACUCGCGCUCGACUGUGCCGAGGGCUUCGACCUCUUUGCGCCGGGCAGCUCCCGCGAUCCUCGCGUCAACGCCCUGCAGAGAGCAGCGAUGGACGCGCGGGCGCAGGUGAUGGAGGCGCUGGGGCGAGCAGCGGACAUGGCGGCCAUGAUCGCAGCAGCAGCACGCGACGACACUGCUGCUGCUGCCGCUGCCGUGCCUACGCCCUCGCCCACUCGCCGCCGCCUUCUGCAAGCCGCCGGCGCGACCAGUGGUGGUGCGGAAAACACCGUCACUGACACUCCCGGCACGGCCACGGCCAUCACGGUGGCCCACCCCCACAACGCUAUCCCUGACACUGGCGCACCCGGCACUGGGAAAGGCACCGCCCACGAACACAACUCCACUGCACCCACUCGCCGCCGCCCGCUGCAAGCCGUCAUUGCAGGCAAGCAGUGGCAAUGCCAUCCCAAUGGCGAGGGCCGACCCCCACAACGCCAACCCCGAAACCCGCCCUUCUGGCAAUUCUGGAAUCACCCCUGGCACCGGCACCCCCGCCAUGCCGUCACUGCGGGCGCCAUCACCACCAGUGCAGGCACGGAGGCCGACCCCCACAACUCCAUCCCUGACACCACUCCUGGCACCGGCAAGGCCACCGCCACCGAACCGCACUGCAGGGCACCGCCGCCUUCUUCACCCCCUCCCCCUUCGCCUCCGCCUUCCCCUCCUCCUUCACCCCCUCCCCCUUCCCCUCCCCCUCCUUCCCCUCCCCCUCCUUCCCCUCCUCCCCCUUCCCCUCCCCCUCCCUCCCCUCCUCCUUCCCCUCCUCCUCCACCUCCCUCCCCUCCUCCACCCCCAUCUCCGCCACCCCCUCCACCGCCCCCUCCGCGCAUCACCCCCACGGUCACCGUGGCACAGGAUGGUUCCGGGAACUUCCUCACCGUGCAGGAGGCGAUCAGGGCAUACCCGGUGGGGUUCACGGGGCGCUAUGUGGUGUUGAUCCAGCCGGGCGUGUACCACGAGAAGGUGGCCAUCAACUCCACGUGCAAGAACGUCACGCUGCUGGGGCUGGCUGCUGCAUCCACCGUCAUCUCCUGGAACGACAAUGCUGCUGCCGGCAUUGGCACCUUCCAGUCCGCCACUGUUGGUAAGCAACGAUCCGUGCUCCCUCACUCUCUCCUCCCUGCCGCGGCCACCUGCUCUGUGCGUUUCUGUUUGCACUUCUUCUACCUGUCUCCAUCUUGGCUCCUCCUCAGUAUUUUCUCUCCCAGGGCUGGGAGGAAAGAGGCUGAAAGGGAAACGUGUAGGUACCGAUCUCCCUAUCUCCCUCUCUCUCCCUCUCUCCCUCUCUCCCCCUCUCUCUCCCUCUCUCCCUCUCCCUCUCUCCCUCUCUCUCCCUCUCUCUCCCUCUCUUCCUCUCUCCCUCUCUCUUCAUCUCUCGCCCUCUCCCUCUCUCUCCCUCUCUCCCUCUCUCUCCCUCUCUCCCUCUCUCUCCCUCUCUCUCCCUCUCUCCCUCUCUCUCCCUCUCUCCCUCUCUCUCCCUCUCUCCCCCUCUCCCCCUCUCUCUCCUCUCUCCCUCUCUCACCCUCUCUCUCCCUCUCUCCCUCUCUCUCCCUCUCUCCCUCUCUCUCCCUCUCUCUCCCUCUCUCCCUCUCACUCUCUCCCUCUCUCUCCCUCUCUCCCUCUCUCUCCCUCUCUCCCUCUCUCUCCCUCUCUCCCUCUUUCUCCCUCUCUCCCUCCUCUCUAUCCCACUCAGCUGUGGACGGGACUGGCUUUGUGGCCAUCGGCAUUCGCUUUGAGAACACGGCAGGGAGGGCUGGUAAUCAGGCGGUGGCGUUCAGGCAGACGGGCGACAACGCGGCCUUUUACGAGUGCGAGUUCAUCGGGUGGCAGGACACCCUGUAUGCGCAUGUUGGGCGCCAGUACUACCGCAACUGCUACUUCAACGGGUCGGUAGAUUUCAUCUUUGGCAACAGCGCGACCAUGCUGGACAGCUGCACGAUCCACAUCCGCGCAUACUCGGGUGGGGUGGUCACAGCGUCUGGUCGCACCAACUACACGGAGAAUACUGGCAUUGUGAUCCUUAACUCUGUCAUCCAAGGUGACCUCGUUAACAAGACAUUCCUCGGGCGUCCCUGGAAGCCCUACGCAAGAGUGGCUGUCAUCAACUCCACAAUCAGUAAUGUGCUGAAUACAACUGGCUGGCUGGACUGGUUGGGUACAGUGUAUACCACUUCCACGUUCAUCGAGCAGGGCAACAGUGGGCCGGGGUCUGUGGGGCCGCGCAUAGCGUGGGCUCUGCCGGGCAUCGUCACUGACCCUGACCAGGUCGCCAUGUACUACCCCAACAGUUUUCUAGCACCCUUCUCCACCAUCGCCAACCUCAUUCCCUUCUCCUGGCUCUGA